UCAAGAUAAUGUUUCCAAGAGACCUAAUUUCUGGAUUCUUUCUCCUGUCAGAAGUUUUCAUUGGAUUAGUGGGAAACUCGCUGCUCUUCAUACUAUACAUGUACGCCUUCUUGAUUCAGCCCCAUCUGAAGAAGCCCAUAGAUAUGAUCUUCACACAUCUGACACUUGUCAACGUUUUGAGCAUUGUGUUCAGGCUGAUACCAGAUGUCAUGGCAUCCUUUGCAGUCAAGCUCCUUUUCCAUGAUGUGGGAUGUAAGGCAGUUCUGUAUGCAUACAGUGUUACCAGGGGCCUCUCUAUCUGUACUAUCUUGCUACUGACUGCAUUUCAAGCCAUCACUGUCAGUCCUACUCAUUCCAAGUGGGCAUGGCUUAAAUCCAAGCUUGAGUCCUGCAUUUUGCCAUCACUCCUCUUCAUCUGGAUCAUCAAUAUGUGUCUCUAUAUUCCAAUGGUUGAAAACGUAAAGGGCCAAAUCAACUUCACUGUUGUGGGUUCCAGAUAUAACACCAUUGUUUGUAACCAGGUUCGCCACCACACCACCAUGUCACUUGUAACUGCAUUAACGAUUAGAGACAUCCUGUUUGUAUUUGUUAUAAUAUGGACCAGCCUCUACAUGGUGACCCUCCUGUUCAGACACAAUAGGAGAACGCGGCAUGUCCACAGUUCCAGUAACUCUUCCCAGGCCUCUUCUGAAAAGAAAGCCACACACAGCAUCCUUCUGCUUGUGAGCUUCUUUGUGUUUUUCUAUUUCUCAAACACCUUUGUUACCUUCUAUUCACCUCACAGACCUAAGAACAGCCCAGUAUUGGAUCUGAUUAGUGGAGCUUUAUCUUCAGGCUAUCCAAUCAUCUGUCCUUAUGUUCUAAUGAACAAUAGGAAAAUUAUUUCCAAAUUAAUUUCUUCCUUUUCAAACUUUGAAUGUUCCUUUUCUACAAGAGGCUGUCAUGGCUAAUUUGACAUCCCAAACCUCCAUCUAUCUUCCUUAGAGAAUUCUUUACCACAUCUGAGCAAAAUAACCAUGGUGUUCCUGGGUACCUAAUAUU